CGCGAACACACCGCAUGGCAGACGGUCAGGCUCGCGUUUUGCCCUCGGCAUGGACGUCGCUCGACACCGCAGGCAGCAUGCAGGAAGCCCAGGAUGCCCUUGAGGCCUACAGGAAGAAAGAUCCGAACAAAGUCGUCGUGCGGUUCAAGGCGGUCGGGAAUGCGCCAAUCAUGAAGCAGAAUUUCUACAAGAUCACCGCGUCGAAUAGAUUCCAGGCGGUGAUUCAGUUCUUGAGGAAGGAGCUGGGGUGGAAGGCUGGAGACCCGCUGUUCACGUACAUCAACCUUGCGUUCUCUCCCGCGCCGGAUGAUACCGUGACGAACUUGUUUAAGUCAUUCGCGACAGAUGGCCAUCUAAUAGUGAACUAUAGUACAACUGCAGCAUGGGGCUGAUGCUUGUGUCUUUAAUGUGUAUACCCUUCGUAGGAAGGCUUUGUGAAACAUCCUUGCUGCUACUCCGCUGGGAUGCGAACCUUACCCACCACCCAUGACGCCGUCAUCUCGCCCGCUUUCUGUCAUUCCAUUGUCCCAGAUCAGUUCAUGCACACGAAGUCCGAAACAGCAGGUUCCUCCUAUCAUACACGCUGCGGCAGUAUCACGACAACAGACAUACAAAUCAUUUCGCAGCCCGGCUACUACACAGACUCACAAUCGCAGUAUUUCCAGCUGCCAUGGACUGUCCUCACAUCUAGCCCCUCCGCCAGGUGCCGGGGCCAUCAGCGCUGCCGCUCGCG